AUGGCUUUUGAACUUUUGUCCUAUGGCAUUUUCUUUUCAGGUUUUGCAUGGCUGAUCCAAAGGCUAUUUUCCGCGCAAAGGGCCCGAAAGAAGCCCCCACUCCCUCCUGGUCCUCCAGGCCUGCCCUUAGUUGGGAACAUCAAUGACCUUCCCCCUCCUGGUAUUGCAGAAUGGACACAUUGGGUUAAACAUAAAGAUAUCUACGGACCAAUCUCAUCCGUCACGAUCUUCGGCCAAACGAUCGUAUUGUUGCACAGCAAAGAAAUGGCAUCUGAACUCCUAGAUAAGAGAUCAGCUAAGUUUUCUUCCAGACCACACCUUCAUUUCGCUAGUGAGAUGGUUGGCUGGAAAGACUCGUUGUCAAUGUCGCCAUACAACGAUGCUUUCAAAAAACAGCGUAGAAUGGCGGUCAGGCAGAUCGGGAGCCAAACUCUCGUAAAGAAUUACUUCCCAUCCAUGGAAUAUCAAGCCAAUCGAUUUCUCUUACGGCUCAUGAAUGACCCUGAUAACCUCAAACAUCAUCUCAAAUUUGCGGCGGCAUCUUUAAUCCUUGACCUUCUCUACGGCUACGAAAGCUCUUCUAGUGGCCCGGAUCCCUUAGUGGACUUUGCUGAUCGAUGGAUGGAAGAAGCCUGCGCAACGGCGGUCGCGGGCGUGUGGUUUGUAGACUUCGUUCCAUGGCUCGAGUACCUGCCUGAAUGGCUCCCGGGUAUGGGAUUUAAGGAUACUGCUCGUCGAUACCGCAAAACAUACAUGCAAGCAAACGACAUUCCCUUCGGGUUUGUUGAGGAGCAAAGAGCUGCAGGUUCAACCAAAACUUCAUAUGUAUCUGGUCUAUUGGACGCCAACCCAGCUCCUGCUGAUAUAAAAGAUAUCAAGUUCAGUGCUUCUACGCUGUAUGGAGGAGGCUCCGAUACUACCGUUGCAUUAGUGAAUAAUUUUUUCCUUGCUAUGUCACUAAACCUGGAGGUGCAGCAAAGGGCUCAAGAGGAAAUAGAUACCGUGAUUGGGAAGGAUCGACUUCCUAACUUGCAAGACAGGCCGAACCUGCCGUACUUGAAUGCUAUUCUCACUGAAACCCUUCGAUGGAUAUCAGUUGCCCCACUUGGUUUGGUACACACUUCCGACGAAGAAGACGAGUUCCGAGGGUACUUGAUUCCGAAAGGUUCGAUUAUUGUGCCAUCUGUCGCCUGGUUUGGAAGAGACCCAGCAAGCUAUCCAGACCCAGAAAUAUUCAAUCCAGAAAGAUUCCUUGGCCCAAACAAACAACUUGACCCUCGCACAUAUACCUUCGGAUUUGGGAGACGAAUUUGCCCUGGGCGUCACUUGGCGGAGUCCAGUUCAUUCCUCUUGAUGGCGAGAAGCCUGGCAUCUUUCAAAAUUUCCAAAGCAAUUGGUUCGGACGGCAAGGAGAUUGAUCCUGUCAUUGAACAGGUACCAGGUGUUGUUGGUCAUGUAAAGAAUGUUAGGUGUACUAUAACACCUAGGAGUGAGAAGCAUAGGGAGUUGCUUGCUGAAAUCGAGUCUCAGAAUCCCUCCGGAAAUGGACAUUCGGAGCAUAUCCGAGGUCUUUAA